CUGUGGCUUUGCUAAAAGGCCGGGAUUGGGGACAGGACGGGGACCCGGCAGGACACGGGGACCCUCUGGGUGGUGAGCAGGGGGUGUCGGGCAGGGGCUGCGAUGCCGGGGGGUGCUGUGGGGGGUCGCCGGCAGCCCGGACGCCUGGGUCCACUGCCGGUGCCUCCCGGAGGAGGCACAAGGCCCAGCCAUGCUGAGCGCAGCACAUUCCGGGCCGGGGGGGAGGCCGGGACGUGGCCCCCGCUGCCACCAGCUGCCACCAGCGCUGGGGUCCGGCACAGGCUCCGGUGCGGCGGUGAGAGGUGAGAGCUGGGGAGGGUGCCUGUGGGGCUGGGGGGGCGCGGGAGACCUGAUGCCCGUUCAGGGGCUGGUGCCGGUGCCGCUGCCGUUGCCAUGCCGCCGCCGGAGGGUUGCUAAGCUCCGCUCGGAGCCCGCGUGGGCUGCAGCGUGCGGUGCCAAAACCGGCGUCAGCUCAAUAGUCGCAGGGGGGGAAGGGAUCCCGGGGGGGAACGACACCCCGGGACGGCUGGUGGGGUCCCUACGGUGUGCUGGGCUCCUGGCCACCGGGGCCACCCCAGGGGUCACCGAGCCCCGCGGCCGCCGGCCUGGCGGUGCCACCAGGCAGGGCCCGGGGGUCCCCGAGGCCCCACGUGCGGCGGUGGCUGCGCGUGUGCGGGCGGGCGCGUGGCUGCGCCGAGGCGCCGGUGAGCGCGUGGCGGCGGGGACCCCCCUGGCGGGGACCCCCCGGUGCCCCGGGGCCAUGCUGGGGGGCGCAGAGCGGGGCGCGGGGCAGCUGCGGAUCUGCGAGCGGACCAAGCUGCUGCUGGUGGAGAUCGACACGGUGGCGUGUUGCAGCCCGGGCACCGGCAUGGCCGCGGGGUGCCCCCCCCCGCCCCCCUGGACCUACCGCCGCAUCGCCGGGGAGUACGCGUACCUGGAGAAGCGCUUCGUGGCAGAACUGGCCCCCCCCUGGUCCCCAGUGCCCCCCCGCUCCCCCCCCCCCACCUGCCGGACUUCGCCAUCCCGCCUCCCCCAGGGCACAAGACCCAAACCCGGGCACCCCUCACCCGCUGCGCCCCGGGGCGGCCCAAGGGGACGGGGGGCAGCAGCCCCUGGGACCGACACCCCCCGUGCGCCCCCAAUGCCCCGGCGCCGGGGUGCCGGCCGGGCCCCCCCAGCUACGAGGUUCACAUGCAGCGGGUGCAGGCGGCCCACACCCGCCAUGGGCGGCCGCCCCCCUACAUCUCACCCCCCGCCUAUGACGCUCCCCACCGCACCCUGCAGCUCCGGCCCCCCCGGGCCCGGCACAGCCCCCCCCCGGCACCCCGGGGCCGCAGGGCAGUGCCGGGCGGCUGGAGCCACACGCUGCCCCGGGCGGCCACCGAGGCCGGACACCGGCGGCCCCGGGGAACGCAGCCGUCCCCGGGGGGGCCCAGCACCCCCCGCCACAGCCAGACGCUGCCCCGGGCGGUGGGCGGCCGGGAGCGGGUCCCGGGGCGCGGCAGAGGGCAGCGGGGAACGGGGGGGCACGUCCUCAUCGACGCCACCCGCGUGGUGGUCCGAGCCCAGUACGUGUCCCCCCCCCAGCGGCAGCAGGUCCGCUACGCUGGGGGGUCCCCGGGGCCCAGCACCCCCCCGGGCAGCCCCCCUGUGCCUCAGGGGGCUGCCAUCCUCCCGGCAGCACCCUCACCCCCCCGGGACCCCCCCGGCAGCCCCCACAGUCCCUGGCGGAGCCCGGGUGGCUGCGCGGGUCCCCGUGCGCGGCCCCCCCCGCGGCGGCCGGCGCUGUACGCCCAGGCGCUGCGCGAGGCCGUGUCCCGCAUCCGCCGCCACACGGCGCCCGACUCCGACUCGGAGGCCGAGGGGGGCGCGGGGGGGCCCUGGCGGCGGCACUGCCGGGAAAGCGCCCCCUACAGCAGCAGCAGCAGCAGCCUGGAGAGCACCGGGGCCCCCCCGGGCACCGCCAGCCCCGCCCGGGCCUGAGGGGCGGGGCUUUGUGGGGUGUGGCACGGGUGGGGCGGGGCUUGGGAGGGUGUGGCUAUCGGGGGGCGGGGCUCCGGGGGGCUGACCCCAAUAAAGGCUGCGGGACCCCGUGUGCCGCCUCCCCCACCUUGUGUGUGCGUGGUGGGGGGGCCCAUCACCCUCCCCAGGCCCCCCCACUGUCCCCUGCACCCCCGCCUGUGAUUCCCCCCCCCCAUCAAGGACCCCGGCACCUCCACACCCCCCUACACGGUGCUGGGGCAGCUGGAGGCCCCGGGUGUCCCGAUGGGCACCGCAGCGCGUCACAGCGGGGGUGGGAUGUGCCAGACCCCCCCGGGUCCCCCAUAAUGAGUAGGUGAGCACAGGGGGGCUGGCCCGUGGCCACUGGCCUCACGUCACGGCCGGGGGGGGACCCCGGGUGAGUCACCAGGGGGACCGUCCCCCCCGAUGGCCACCACCUCUUAGUCACCCUGUGUGGGGGGGGAGGAUCCCCGUGGCCAGAGGAAACCGCACAAACAACGUGUCCAAUUUGCACGUUAUUUAAAACCAGCUCCUCCCCCGCCCCCCUGCGCGACCCUGUCAUUAUCCCGGUGACACCGGCCAGGAGGUCACAGCAUGGGGGCAGCUGGCGCAGUGGGGGACCCAGGCGUCCGGGCCCUCCUGCGCCCCAGGGGGGGCCACUCGUGGGGCAGCCUCAAGCCCAUGUCACCCCACACGUCCCCCAUUCUGCUGUGUGGCCUCAGGUGCUCGACACAGCGCUGGAGUCUCACAGCUGGGCCUGACUGAGCCACCUCAGUGACCCCAACCCACCGAUUGCAGCCGCAGUCCUGCCCCGGUGCUUGGCACGGCUCGGCACUGCUUGACGUGGCCUGGCAUGGCAUGGGAUGGCCUGGCAUGGCACAGCCUGGCACAGUACAGCACAGCUUGGUGCAGUCCGGCACUGCUUGGUGCAGCUUGGUGCAGCCUGGCACGUUUUGGUGUGACCCAGCACAGCUCAGCACCACCUGCUGGGGUUUGGCACAGCCAGGCGCAGCUUGGCAUGGCACAACACAGCCUGGCAUAGCCCAGCGCAGCCCAGCAAAGCCUGGACUAGCCCAUAACAACUUGGCACAGCCCAGAACCAUAGCACGAACCAGCUCGGCACAGCCCAUGUUAGCCCAGUGCAGCAUGGCAUGGCUUGGCACGGCUCAGAACGGCCUGUAUCAGUUUGGUGAGGCUCGGCACGGCUUGGCACGGCUCAGUACAGCUCAGCACAGCUCCGCACGGCCGGGCACGCUGCCCGGUGUGGCCCGGGGUGUCCCAGACGCGGGGGAAGGUGACGCGGCCCUUUCCGUGGGCUCAGCUCUGCCCAAACCCCUCCCGCUCCCCGCCGAGAAAAAUCACCUUCUAAUUCGGGCUGCGCUGGCGCCAGCGCCGCCCCCCCGGGCCCCCCCCCCGGCUCCCGCCGGCCCCCGGAACCCGCCGCAGCCCGGGGUGCCCGCGGGUGUCCCCACGCCUGGGACCGGCGUCCCGCCCGGUACCGGUAUCCCCGGACCGGGGCGCGGUCCCGCCCGCGGCCGCCAGAUGUCGCCGGGCAGCCGGUGACCGACCGGACCGGGGGAUCCAGGGGGGAACCGAGGCGGACCGGCGUCUGGGUGCUGCGGGGACACGGGGGGACCCUGCCCCGCACACGGCGCUGCUCCUGCAGGUCCCAGCCAGGACUCGGGGAUGGACACGGUGUCCCCAGAGAACCGUGACCCGUGUGUCACCGGUGCUGGCGGUGUCCCCAGAGAGGUGUGGUCACCCGUGUGCCGCUGGUGUCCCCAGGGAGCCCUGGCCGUGGAUGUGCCGGUGCUAACGGCGUCCCCAGAGAGCCGUGACCCACACGUGCAAGCGGCGCUGGCCGUGCCACGACCCGCGUGUGCCGGCAGCACUGGCCGCGGCCCCACGGAGCGGUGGCUCCGGUCCCACCACGGCCGCGCCACGUCCCUGCGCCAGCCGUGUCCCCGCAGCGCGGUGGCCGCCCAGCCCCGGCCCGCGCCCCGCACGGUGGCCGCACGGUGCCGGUUCUCCCAGGCCGCGCAGAGGAGCCGGCGGGAAGGGGGUGCGGUGAAUGCGGCAUUGUUGCGCGGGGUUGGAGUCACAGAUAAUUACCUCAAUUAGUUACAAUGGCAGAGUAAUAAAUACAGGCUUAGCGGCUCCUUCCCCACUGCGGCUUCUCAGAUUAAUCCAGCCCGGGCGAGCGGAGCUGAAAGGAGUGAUGGACAAUUCAUUA